AAGCUGCACACCCAUUUUUACUAUACAAAGUAUGCAUCCACCGGAUAUUUGGAGCUUGUUUGCAAAAUUCUUUUGACGUGUUUGUACUCCAGUUGAGUAUCGUACCACCUGAUUGUACAGUGCGUUUGGGUUGGGACUUGGGUGUGACCAUUUUGGGCAGCGGCGGUGUGGUGUCUUUCCCUUUCCCCUGUUGUAGUUCCCCGGCCAACGAAACCACAAGCGCUAAACCCAGCCAACCAUGGACGCCGUCGCCGGCGGCCAGCUCAAUGCCGUCGUCGAAUUCCCGCAGGCGGAGGCGAUCGCCGCCGUCCUGGCCGACUGCGUCCUCACCCCCUCCACCGACGACGACUGCGACGACCUCUACGGCGACGUCAACCUCGGGUUCCUCCCUCUCCUGCCGCUCUCCCCCUCCCCGUCCUCCCCUCCCAAAACCCCCUCCCCCGGCAUCUCUAUCUCAUUCUCCCCAUCCCCAUCUCCACCACCGCGCCGCUCCCCAACCCCCCAACCGCAGCCGGAGCCCCAACCAAAACCACCCACCACGCCUCUUACCGCGCCAAAACCACCCACCCCGCAGCACCAGCCGCCUCUUCCUGCGCCAAAACCACCCACCCCGCAGCACGAGCCACUGCUCCUGGCGCCGAAGCCACCCAGCCCGCGACACCAGCGGGCGCUCCUCGCGCCAAAACCACCCACCGAGCGGCAUCAACCGCCGCACCACCGCGCGUUGGGAGCGUCGUUGCCGACGACCACCACGGCGCUGUACAUCGCCGACCUCCCCUGGUGGACGACGGACGCGGAGGUGGAGGCCGCGCUGGCGCCGCACGGCGCGCUCCAGGACCUCCACUUCUUCGCCGACAAGUUCUCGGGCAGGUCGCGCGGCUUCUGCCGCGCCGACUUCCUCCACCCGUCCGCGGCCGCCUCCGCUGCCGCCGCGCUCCACGGGCGCGCCUUCCACGGUUACCACUGCGUCGCCUCGCUCUCCUGCCCGCCUGCGCUCCACCGCCCCGGUGCCGACUUUGACGGCCCAGCUCCAAAUCCAUGCCGCGGCGGUAACGCGAAGGCAACAGCUCGGGGCAAUGUGGGUUUCUUGGGCGAUGGGCAGGCUCGGUUGUCCAUAACUUCCCGGCCGCGCGUGUUCGGUGCAAUGGGCGGUGGGUCCCCGCCGGUGCGUCAGUGCAAUGCUGGGAUGGGUACUGAUAUGAUGCCUUCGAUGGUAGCGCCCCAUUUGACCCCAGCAUUCAUGGCAGCCAACAGGAUGGCAAUGAGUGGCACUGGCACAGGGGUGUGGCAUAAUCAGGGGGUGGCUGGGCCUGGGGGCUUAUGGGGUGGACAGCAGCAAUGGAACUUUGGAGGCUAUGAGAUGCCAUGGCAGCAGCCAAGGCUGCAGCAGCACCAUCGCCAGCAGUACCGGAAUGGGGACUAUGGAAAAAUGAGUGGCACCGGGCGGGAAAGACCAAGUGGUAGGAACGAGGACAGGGACGGUGGCAAUGUUCGGGGCAACACAGAGAGGAGGCAGUUUGGCCGUGGUGAUGGUGAAAGGCUCAGGCAGCAUAACCGUGGGGAGGGGAACCGGCAUCAGGAGCAUGUCCUGGAGAAGGAAAGGGAACGUGAUAGGAACUUCGAUGAGAAUGAUCGGCGCGGAGGUGAGAAGAGGAGGCACUCAGAGUAUACCGAGCACGAUGAUUGGGAGAGGCGUGGACGGGCUAGGUCAAGGAGCCAGUCAAGGGACAGUGAUGAUGACGAUUACCGGAGAAGACGGCGCUGAUUUUGGGCACCAAGCUGUAUCUUCUGCCAGCUAAAUGGUAUUAACAGAUUUUUGCUGUCUUGUUCGGCCACUUGUGCUCUACCCAGAUCUGCUGCAGACACAGGGCUUACUCAGUAUCAACUAUCGUCAACUUACUAGUAGGAAGGACAUAGCAGAGAUAGAUAUAACUUGAAAUAUUAUCUGUUGCAAUUGUUAAAUAUAACUUAUGGUACGACGUGGAGAACCAUUCUAAGACUGGACCUGAAUGAUGGUGGGUUGUUUAACUCCGCAA